ACCCUGAAAGGCGGAAACGACUGAAACCCUGACAAAUGAUGAAUCACUAAAGACACAGCCCACAGCACAACGGCUACAUUUCAUGGCGAGUCGCUUGCGCUGUGCACCUCUAGGACGUUACGUCUCCUUCACGUCUUCCUUUUCUUCUUCUUCUUCCUCAUCUAAAGUUCCCCUUCUCUGGCAGCCCGAAACUGAGCCAGCCGAAGGAACCACCACCACAAUCCAACUACUCUCAUGGGGUCGUGGCGCCUCUGGUCAACUCGGUGGUGGCAUUGAAGAGAUUCGUCUCUACCCAACCACUGUGGCCUCCCUCCUCCUCCCUUCCAAUUUCAAGCUCUCCCCUGUCCCUGGUCGUCUUGAUGUCACUUCUGCCGCCAUCAACGGUGGCGCUGAACCAUCACCACCACCACCGCCGUCGUUGGAGGUCGGCAUCUCGUGCGGCCUCUUCCACUCUUCCUUACUCGUCGAUGGAAAAUUAUGGAUUUGGGGCAAAGGCGAUGGUGGCCGCCUCGGUUUCGGCCAUGAAAACCCUGCUUUUGUUCCGACUUUGAACCCCAAUAUUGACGGCGUCCGAAGCAUCGCUCUUGGUGGGGUUCACUCUGUUGCCCUCACAGCUCUUGGUGAAGUCUUCACUUGGGGUUACGGUGGUUUUGGAUCUUUAGGGCAUUAUGUAUACACCAGAGAGUUGUUGCCUAGAUUGGUGAAAGGUUCUUGGGAUGGGAAGAUAUGCCACAUUGCAACUAGUGGAGCUCAUACUACUGCUGUCACUGAUUCAGGUGAACUUUAUGUGUGGGGUCGAGAUGAAGGUGAUGGUCGAUUGGGCCUUGGUGCUGGCAGUGGCCCGAAUGAAGGUGGUGCAUAUAGCAUCCCUUCCAAAGUAAAAGCAUUACCUAUGCCUGUAGCUGCUGUCUCUUGUGGGGGUUUUUUCACAAUGGCACUUACUAAAGAGGGGCAACUUUGGAAUUGGGGAGCAAACUCUAACCAUGAGCUUGGAAGAGGUAAUAAGGUUGGCGGUUGGAAGCCACAGCCGAUUCCUAGCCUGCAAGAUGUUCGUAUCAUUCAGAUGGCAAGUGGUGGAUUUCACUCUCUGGCAUUAACUGAUGAAGGUAAAGUGCUUUCUUGGGGUCACGGUGGACAAGGUCAGUUGGGUCAUUCUUCAAUUGAAAACCAAAAGGUUCCAGCCGUGGUUGAGUCUUUAGUUGGGGAGCGCAUUACAUACAUUACAUGUGGAGGUUCCUCUUCAGCUGCUAUCACUGAUGAAGGGAAGCUAUACAUGUGGGGAAAUGCAAGAGAUUGUCAACUCGGGGUUCCUGGGCUCCCAGAGGUACAACCUUCACCUGUUGAAGUGAAAUUUUUAAUGGAAGAUGAUGGAUUGGGGCCCCACCAGGUACUAUCAGUUGCAGUGGGUGCAUCUCAUGCCAUGUGCUUGGUUACGAGGCCUGGAUGCCAGAGUUAACUGUAAUGGAAUCGAGAAUUUCAAGCUCUCUCUUGCGAUGGUAGGGAAGUUUCUUCAGCAAUGCGGGUGUUCAACAAGAACAGUUUUGACAUAUGAGCUGAUUUAGUGAUGAUGGCUGCAUUGAAGAGCGCUUACUCUGGUGAGGAAGUUACCAUAUCAACUUGUAGGUGAAAAACGUGGUUUCAUCGAUGUGGUUUUCACUUAACCCAGUCAAUGUUAUACGAUUUGAUAAUGGCGUCAAAAGGUUAAAUAAGUUUUGGGUCCAACACCUAUAUAAUUUUGUGACCUUCAGGUGCAUAUUUGUAUGAUUAGAAUCAGUCUCCAGUCACUUCAGCUAAUAGGAUUACCAGCGACCAAAUAAAUAAAUAAAAGAAAAAGGUUGGCUGAUAAAGACUUAAAAAUA